GAACAUAGAUGUCAAAAGUUGCGACUCAGCUAUACCCAGCAACGCUAGUCUGGACUCUGGACUCCACAGGGACGAUCAUAUUCUGUAUCUAUAUCUGUAUCUAUCUCUCACCAAUGAUGGCACCCUCCAUGAAAUCACUAACCUUGUUACUACUACUCGUGUUCUCUCUAUCAAUACCCAACUCACUGAGUUUCCAAUCCGACGAGCUCUUAAUCGAGGACGAAGAGUUUGUUAAAUCUCCGGAUCUGAGCCGACCCUCGAUUUCUCCGCUGACCCGGAAGACUGUUUCGGAUUCUGGGUCGGACUCUAAGGUCCAGUUUGUGUUGGAGCAUGCUUUUGGCGACUCCGAGUUUACCCCUGCUGGCACUUUCUCUGCUCGCCUCAAAACUUGGUCUCAUGGUGGUCAGACUCUCACAAAACUUAGGUUCUCAAGAAAAGACUUAAGCAGAGAAGACAAGGAAAGCUUUAAAACAUUACUAGAAGGUGAUGAUUUCUAUAGGAUACGAGUGCCAUCAAAUGUGAUAAGCCCUCCAGGAAGAGACUACAUUAUCUCUUCAGUUAAAGCAAGAUGUCUCCCACAGACUGGCUUGGAUGAGCAUUUUGUCAUACACAUGGAUGGUGUUAAUAUUUUGGGUGUUAAUUAUGGUUCCCUUGCGGUCUGCCAGUAUCCUCGACAGUAUAAAUUGCCAAGCAAGUGGGCUUUUACCUCUCACACAGUCUUAAAGAGUACCGAGCAGGCACCAAGAACUCCUGCAUUCUCAGAAGAUAUUGGUAGUACAGAAAUUGGUGGCGAAGAUGAAGGUGUGAAGCCAUUGGAAAGAUCUUUUUGGGCUAAAUAUUGGAUGUAUCUGAUUCCCCUUGGACUUAUUGUCAUGAAUGCUGUCACUCAAGCCAUGAAUAUGCCUGAGGAGCAAGCAGGGGGGCAACCUGCUUCCCAACCCCAGCAAGUAAAUGGCCCACUCCCACGUGGGCCAGGUAGUAGAAGAUGAUAGUCACAUCACUCAUAAAAAACAUGAAAGUGGUAUGUGACGGGGUAGGAAGAACAUCUAAGCUUUACUGGAGCAAAUUGCUGCUGAUGCAAUUGUACGGUCGAGGUCGCGGGUUCAAGAAGUGACCAGACUUAAAAAAAAAUUACUCCACGGGAUAUUUAAUGCUUUGUUAAGGUUUCUUUUUAUAGCAUUUUGCCUUUUACAUCUGAUACAUCAAAUUGGUUAAAAAAGAAUCAUUUCCUGUCAGUAUCAUCACAGAUGCAACUGGAUGUAAAAUCAUGAUUUUUGGCACUAUUGGUUUGCUUACCAUUAUAAUUCUCUAUGCAACAGUGUGCAGCAAUUAUGGCUGGACAAUGUAAAAUAUUUUUGUAACCAGGUUGUACUCCUAAUUAAAUAGAUUUAUUCACUCUUGA